GAAGAAGAAAAGCUAAAAGGGUUGAGAAGUUGAUUGAGGCUGGACAUGCAGGAGUUGGUUAGCAGCGAGCUAUUUUAAACCGAAAAACAACAAUACAGCUAAAACUGAACUGUUCACUGGUGUCUGAAGACUCGUUUAGAUGGUGUGAGUUGAUGAUUUUAUGUUUAUUUUAUAAAUAGUUUUGGCUCUCGUCUCGGCUGACGAAUGUCGUCUGCCUUGAUUCGCUACCGUUUGCUAGCUGGCUGUUAGCUAUCACAAGUUAGCUAACUAGCUAUGUGGUUUAUAUCUCAACUUUUUUCAAAGCAUCAACUAACGCCAAUUUAGCACAAGUAGGCAGCUGAAAACGACUAAAUGUCAUGAUCUGAGUGGAUGUGACACUAGCUACGCUAACUAGCGUAAGUUAACAAUAGUUUCCAUUCCUCUUGAUGCUAACUAUCACACUUGCUAAUGACUGCGUGUUUGUGAAAACAUAUAGCUACCUAGCUUGCAAGCUAGCUAGCAUUAGCAGAUAGACUGCUAGCUAGCUUGUCGUGCUAUAGACGUAGGUACAACUUUGUAAGUUAAAAACGUUACCUAUCUAGCUAGCUAACUAAUGUUAGGUAUUUAACUAGCUGGCUACUAGUUAGUUACUGUAGUAGGCAUUUGUUGCGUAAUGUUAUCUAGUUAACGUUAGCUUGCUAGCAUGAUCCUAGCUAGACCGAAGAGGGCUACCAUAAUCUGUGUACUUGUUUGCGCAGUCAAUCGGAUGGCUAUUCCUUUCACCAACACACACAACGUUGUUACUGCUCUGGCAAAUGACUUAGCAAAUCAUCGAGCUCCCUGCCAUCCGGGACCAUACCAGGCGGUGUCAGAGGAAGGCCCAAACAUUUUUCUGACCCCAGCCUCCCAAGCCAUAGAUGGUUCUUUCUGCUACCUCACGGCAAGCGGUACCAGUGCACCAAAUCUGGAACUAACAGGACCCGAACAGCUUCUACCCCCAAGUCAUAAGACUGCUAAACAAGACUGCUAAAUAGCUAGUCAAAUGGCUACCCGGACUGCCUGCAUUUACCUUUUUUUGCACAAACAAUUUUUUACCUACUCUAUGCACACAUACUGGACUCUACCCACACACUCUCACAUACUGACACCCCAACUCACACACACUACAUAUGCCCGCACACAUGCAUACUGACGUCUCAUGCACACACUUUCACACUCACCACAUACGCUGCUGCUACUGUCUUAUCUAUGCUGUUGCGUAGUCACUUUACCCCUACCUAUAUGUACAUAGCUACCUCAAUUACCUCGUACCCCUGCACAUCGACUUUGUACUGGUACUCCCAUGUUAUUUUUUUUACUAAUUAUUGUUAUUCACUGUGUAUUUAUCCCUCCUGUCACUAUUUUUUGUAUCUUUAACUGCAUUGUUGGAAAAUGAGCCGUAAGUAAGCAUUUCACUGUUAGUCAACACACGUUGUUUACGAAGCAUGUGGUCCUCUGUAGCUCAAUUGGUAGAGCAUGGCGCUUGUAACGCCAGGGUAGUGGGUUCGAUCCCUGGGACCACCCAUACGUAAAAAUAUAUGCGCACAUGACUGUAAGUCGCUUUGGAUAAAAGCGUCUGCUAAAUGGCAUUAUUAUUAUUAUAUGUGACAACUAUAAUUUGAUUUUUUUUUUAAUAAUAAUGCGCCUUUCAACCAACCAAAGCAGUUUGUGGUUAUGAGAUACAGGCUUUGAAUUCAACCUAGCUAUAGCAAAGAUGAUCUAUUAUGUCGUGAAGAUGGUCGAGUGACCGCUCUAACAAUGGAAAUGCAUGUCCUGAAAGGUGGAAGGGAGGCGAGAUCAGGUGGGACCAUUCUAGCCAAUGAGUGGGCAGAUGUGUGUGAACAACAGGCACAACUCUGAUAUAAGUACAUUUGUUCCGUUGCCGAAUUGCCAUGUGCAUUCACUUAUAUCAGUGCAUUCUUAACAACCUAACCAUUACGAAACUUCUAUUCAAUCAAAUAAGCCUCACGUAGCAAAUGAGCAAUUCCCAUUUUUGUUGACUUAAUUCGACACUCAUUGACCUCCAUACAAAAAUUCCUCACUUUGUGGUUUUAUUUUCGUGGACUGAUUUUUGGUUUAGUAAAUCCUGUUGCUUUGCCUCUUUCUCUCUGGCUCUAGUCCAUGUCUGACCAUGUUUUUUUUCAUCAGUAUUCAUAUUCCACCUAUGUGUGGCAUUUUGAAAGAUUUCAGAAUCAAAUGGAACAUGGAUGAAGCAGCAUUGCCCAUUUAUUCUUAUUAGACUUGGCUUUACUUGAUAUAUUGGAAGCUGUGGUGUGCCUAGACGCUUUUGCCAGUAAUUUCUCUUGAAAUGGGUUCAUGAGGCAGGGCGUGAUGAUGGAUGUAUUCACUUCUUGGUGGGUGUGUGUGCAGGUGGUGAUGGCAGAGCGUCGUGUGGAGUGCUCAUGGAAGAGGCACGUCGCAGAGCAACUGAAGCAGAGGGACCGUGUGCAGCGGCAGGCCUUCGAGGAGAUCAUCCACCAAUGUUAGAGGCCCAUACCAUGUCUCAGUGCUCAAGAUGCUAUUGAUUGACUGACUGGUUUUUGGUUCUGCUGCCUGUGCAGUUAUCCCAGAAAGUAUUUUAAAGGACCUGUUUGUGUUUUUCUCAGAUAACCGUCUCUUGGAGAAGUCCGAUCUACAGGCUGUUCUUUCAGAGAGAUAUCAGUCGGACAAAUAUGACUUUCAGAACAGACAUGACAGCAGGUAGGCCUCCUGACGAUUUGACCUCUGAACUCGUGUGUGUGUUGCGAAGUCAAGCUGCUACCUGCUUAUACCUAUCCUCUCCAAUCCUUUCAGAUCUACUCGAGUGCCUAGGGAAUAGAGGUUAAUUUAGAGGUGGGCAUUGGUGUUAUAAGAAGCGUUGUUGUUUGCAUUAGAGGGGAUGGCGGUCCAGAAAUCCCUUUCUUGUGAGGAAGUCUAAACAGGAUCCUUGGGAGAUCCAACUCUAACGUCACCCCAUUGAAGUUAAAACGGUUAAGGUUAGGGUAGGGAUUUCCCAAGGAUCCCAGAUAGCAAUAACCUUGCUUGUGACCUUGUGAAACCAUCUGUGUUUGGUUCCUCAGCCCGGGGGUGGACUCAAGUCGCAGCGACAACCUACAGCAGGAGAUGGCCAAGAUGCGAAUCAGGCACCAGGAGGAGCUGACAGAGCUUCAUAAGAAACGGGGCGAGGUUAGCCUUUAUUGUGCCGUCCUGGCCAAACCUUCCUCUGGAGAACUACACUGUAGGCUUUCGCUCCAACCCUAAACUAGCACAGCUGAUUCAGCUAAUUGAGGUUCUGGGGAGCAGCUAAUUAGUAGAAUUGGGUGUGCUAGGUUAGGUUUGGGGUGUAAUCUGGAGGGUAGCUCUCCAGUAUGAGGGUUGGUCACCACUUGGCUGUGUCUGAAAAUGUUACUAGCUGUCAAAUCCUUACUUCUUAAUUUCCUCUCAAAACGAACUGGGCCCGGUUUCAGAGGCAAAAAUAGAAUAAGUUUAAAUGAACAAACCACUUUAUACACUGAACAAAAAUAUAAACGCAAUUUGCAACAAUUUCAAAGAUUUUACUGAGUUACAGUUCAUAUAAGGAAAUCAGUCAAUUGAAAUAAAUUAAUUAGGCCCUUAUCUAUGGAUUUCAUAUGACUGGGAAUACAGAUACCUUAAAAAAAAAAAGGAGCGUGGAUCAGAAAACCAGUCCAUAUCUGGUGUGACCACCAUUUGCUUCAUGCAGUGCGACACAUCUCCUUAGCAUAGAGUUGAUCAUGCUGUUUAUUGUGGAAUGUUGUCCCACUCCUCUUCGAAGGCUGUGCGAAGUUGCUGGAUAUUGUCGGGAACUGGAACACGCUGGCGUACACGUUUAUCCAGAGCAUCCCAAACAUGCUCAAUGGGUGACAUGUCAGGUGAGUAUGCAGGCCAUGGAAGAACUGGGACAUUUUCAGCUUCCAGGAAUUGUGUACAGAUCCUUGCGACAUGGGGCUGUGCAUUAUCAUGCUGAAACAUGAGGUGAUGGCGGCGGAUGAAUGGCACGACAAUGGGCCUCAGGAUCUCGUCAUGGUAUCUGUGUGCAUUCAAAUUGCCAUCGAUAAAAUGCAAUUGUGUUCGUUGUCUGUAGCUUAUGCCUGCCCAUACCAUAACCCCACUGCCACCAUGGGGCACUCUGUUCACAACAUUGACAUCAGCAAACCGCUUGCCCACACGACGCCAUCUGCCCAGUAUAGUUGAAACCAGGAUUCAUCCAUGAAGAGCACAUUUCUCCAGUGUGCCAGCGACGGUGAGCAUUUGCCCACUGAUGUUGGUUACGACACCGAACUGCAGUCAGGUCAAGACCCUGGUGAGGACGACGAUCAUCCAGAUCUUACCUGAGACUGUUUCUGACAGUUGGUGCUGAAAUUAUUUCUUUGUGCAAACCCACAGUUUCAUCAGCUGUCUGGGUGGCUGGUCUCAGACAAUCCUGCAGGUGAAGAAGCCAGAUGUGGAGGUCAUGGGCAGGCAUGGUUACACGUGGUCUGCGGUUGUGAGGCCAGUUGGACAUACUGCCAAAUUCUCUAAAAUGACGUUGGACGCGGCUUAUGGUAGAGAAAUUAACAUUCAAUUCUCUGGCAAAAGCUCUGGUGGACAUUCCUGCAGACAGCAUGCCAAUUGCAUGCUCCCUCAAAACUUGAGACAUCUGUGGCAUUGUGUUGUGACCAAACUGCACAUUUUAGUGGCUUAUUUUCCCAGCACAAGGCGCGCCUAUGUAAUGAUCAUGCUGUUUAAUCAGCUUCUUGACAAGCCACACCUGUCAUGCAAUGAUCCCUCAAAUUUUCAGCACUGACCAAAUUUCAGGUCUGCUGAGUACAAACUUGAACGUUGUGAAUAUUCUAUGCAACUUCCAGCGCACGUUUACUGUGAACAGUGAAGCUGUACCCAUUUUAAGUUGGACAAGCAGGCUACUGUGGCUAUUUGAUCAUAAUGUAGGCUUACCAGAGUGGCCUACCAUUAAAAACAAUACUGUUGGUUAGCUACUUAAUUGGAUCCAAAUAUCUAUCUUAAAAUGUCUGUGACUAGGUCAGUUGGAGCAAGGUCUGGACUUAAGACCCUGACUCUCCAUUUGUUUGUUUAUCCUCUGGUUUGUUUGUAACCAACUUGCCCUCAGUUGUGGAUGUUUUGACUGAAUGUCUUUCUCUUCUCUCUCGCUCUGCUUUCAUGUAGCUGGCCCAGAGUGUGAUUGAGCUGAACCACCAGAUUCAGCAGAAGGACAAGGAGAUUCAACGCAAUGAGGCCAAGUGAGUCUACUCUCUACCUGUUAUGAGUCUCUCUGUCAUUGAUGGACCUUUCUGUACGUUCUAACACUCCAGCUAUUUGCUAUAUUGUUACCUACUGAUGUCAUUCCCUCAUUUCCAUGAACCAGAGGUAUGAUUUCUUCCUGAUAAAUGAGGGAUUUCUGACCAUCCUAUAUACACUGAACAAAAAUAUAAAUGCAACAUGUAAAGUGUUGGUCCCAUGUUUCAUGAGCUGAAAUAAAAGAUCCCAGAAAUCUUCCAUAUGCACAAAAAGCUUAUUUCUCUCUUUUAGUGCACACAUUUGUUUAUGUCCCUGUUAGUGAGCAUGUAUCCUUUGCCAAGAUAAUCCAUCCACCUGACAGGUGUGGCAUAUCAAGAAGCGGAUUAAACUGCAUAAUUAUUACACAGGGGCACCUUGUGCUGGUGACAAUAAAAGGCCACUCUAAAAUGUGCAGUUUUGUAACACAAUGCCACAGAUGUCUGAAGUUUUAAGGGAGCGUGCGAUCGCCAUGCUGACUGCAGGAAUGUCCACCAGAGCUGUUGCCAGAGAAUUGAAUGUUCAUUUAUCUACCAUAAGCCGCCUCAACGUCAUUUUUGAGAAACCGGCCUCACAACCUCAGACCACGUGUAUGGCAUCGUAUGGGCGAGCGGUUUGCUGAUGUCAACGUUGUGAACAGAGUGCCCCAUGGUGGGGUUAUGGUUUGGGCAGGCAUAAGCUACGGACAACAAACGCAAUUGCAUUUUAUAGAUGGCCAUUUCAAUGCACAGAGAUACCGUGACGAGAUCCUGAGGCCCAUUGUCGUGCCAUUCAUCCGCCGCCAUCACCUCAUGUUUCAUCACGAUAAUGCACGGACCCAUGUUGCAAGGAUCUGUACACCAUUCCUGGAAGCUGAAAAUGUCCCAGUUCUUCCAUGGCCUGCAUACUCACCAGACAUGUCACCCAUUGAGCAUGUUUGGGAUGCUCUGGAUCAGGAGUUCUUAAACUUCUUCAGCCUGGGACCCAAACUAGAAAAUCAGGAAAACAUGCAUUUAUACGUAAAUAUGGGUACAUUACAUUGCACUUAUGCUUAAAACAAAUGCAAUAUAGACAAAAACAAAUAACAAUGAAAUGAAAUACCCAAAUUAAAUUCUGGGAGUCCUCUCCCAGAAUUUUCUGGGGCAUCUAAAGCUAAUUUCCUGCAUUUUUACACAAUCCAAUAAGCCGUCUAUAUUUAGAACAAAAAGUAAGCAAAAAGACAGACAGUCAUCUAGCUAGGUAAGGUAAUUAUUAAAUAUUUUUAAGUGAUUAAUAAGACUGAACUAGAUCAAAGAUAUUUCAAUAAUAAAUAUUGUGUUGCACCUUUUAACAAAUGAACAACUCUUUUUAAAAAAUACGAAGACUUUUGAUUGUCUUUAUUAAGACAUCCUCUCUAUCAAAUUUCAGCCAGACCAACCAGCCAGCCCGAGCCGCCUGCACGCCCGACCCCCACCAUUCUAGUCAAUAACUCAACUCUCUCCCAACACAAUUUCCUUCCCAGUUCCCACCUUACAUUUUUUUAAUUCCCAAGGAAAAGUUUAGGAAACAACAACAAAGAACACAUACACCUCAAAUAUACAUUAACAGACAGAAACAGCAAAUCCUCCAUAUAAUUAAUCUCACAGGACUAAUAGUACUGUAGAGCUCUUUUUAUUUGCACACAAUAUUGCUGGGUUGCCCCGUCCUGUCCCUAGGGGUCCACCACCCUGCAGCGCCCCAACCCAACACACCCCACUCAGCUUUAGGAUAUUAGUGAAACAUUCAUUUAUUAGUUUUGCCAAGGCCAGAGUGACAACCCACAGGUCAGCAGACCCACAUGGCAAGGACUGAGCAGCCCAGCAGCUAGUGAUUGCUUAAAUAGGUAUCUCCGCUGACGUGGGCAUGUUUUCAAUAGACUCCUUUAGUCAUACUGUAUUCCAUAUAAGGCACCCAGACCUUAUGAAAGUUGCCCAGUAUACCCUUAAUCUGGUAAUAAAUCAAAUCUAGUGAUACAUAACUUGACAUUGUGGGAGGAUAACCAACCUUCCAAUUAAUGGCAAUGCAUUUCUUAGCCACUAUAAAUACUUGGUUACACAGUUUCUUCAGAUAACAGUCUCCAGUAUCAACAUUUCCAAGCAAACAAAAACAUGGAGAAGGGAGAAGCUAUAGACAUGCUGAGAUAAAAGAACAUACUCUUUGCCAGAAUUCAGCCAGCCUUCACAAGGCCAUAACAUAUGCAAAUGUGUCCCCUUUUGUGUUUUACAGCUCCAGCAGAGGAAUGACAUUUCUGAGUGCAUGUAAUUCAGUUUCACUGACAUGUAGUACUUUCUAUGGAUGGUCUUAAACUGCAGUAAUUUAUGUCUGAGAUGAUAUGAACAUGACUGGGCAUUCGAACAGAUCUGUAUCCAUUAAUCAUCAUCAAUAGCUUCUACCAGGUCUUCCUCACAUUUCUGUUUUAUAUGUUAACGAAAAAAACAACCUUGAUACCGUUUGGAAAUCAACUUUGGAGGCUUCUCAGAAUGCUUUAAAAUAGCAUAUGGCUUGUCCAGUGUUUGCUGCACGGAGAGAAUAAAGUGUUGUAUCUGAAAAAAUUAACCUCAGCUCCGUCAGACUGGUCUUCCCUGGCUGCCUGACCCUGCUGAGACCCCUGUCACCAUCUGAUCCUCCUAAAAUGAGGCAUGACAAAGAAUUACCUUGGUGUACAUUUAUACAUUAUAUUAUCAAAAAAUUGAAUAAAUGGUUCAAUAAUUGAAAUUACCAUGAUUCCCAGAUCCCAGACUGUAGCUUUAAGCUUAAGCUGCUGUCCUGUAGCUACUGUAGGUCUACCCAUCAAUUUAAGAUGGAACUUGGUAUCAUUCACUGAUAUUGUUAAUAUACUGCAAAAUUCACCUGAGCUCCGUAGACUGGUCUUCCCUGGCUGUCUGACCCUUCUGGGACCCUUGUCGCCAUCUGAUCCUGCUAAGACAUGAUGAGCAUAGUGUUGUGUACUGACUGCACUAGAGGGCUGCAUUCCCAUGGGUUGCCUGCGUGUCCCAACAGAGAUAAUUGCGGCGCCGUCUGCAUUUUUCAUGCUGCGGGUGGUCAGAUGACUUUGUGGUGAUAAAUAUUUUUGUUGUCUCACAGAUUAUUUGGUAACGGUCCUCUUUCUGCUUUGUAUGCGUUAGUCUACCUAUUGUAUUAAAAGCACAUAAUUUUUCACAUUCACACCCUCAAUUCGCUGCUUCAACUUCAGUAUCCUACCUCUCCUAGUUUGGCGUGAGAGUUCAAGUGCAGCUAGUAUGUGUGGUCUCAUUUUAAAUAGAGUAGGCUGAAUACAUGGUCGGAGAAUCACGUGGCAGUUAACUUAAAUAUGAUUAGACUGUAGUUUACUACAUUGUCUUUAAAUAAAUAGGCUAUUGAUAAUGGAAUGAAGUGGAGAGAGCUCAACCAACGUGGUUAGGCUGCUAUGUUAGGCUGCUAGGUUGCCUAUAGGGCACAAAAUUGCUGGGACCAUGGCUGGCAAGUGAGCUGCGUCACAUACGCCUAAAAUAACAUUGUGGGACUGCGAGUGGGUUUGGGACCAGUUCUUGCUGUAGCGGGUGGGAGUCGGACAGAAAGCCAGCGGGUGCGGGAGGAGUAUGUAUGGAAAGCUGCGGAUGGGAGCGGGAUUAAGAAUUUAGUCGCGCGCAGGCCUCUGCUGUGCACCAUGACAGUGAGGCCUGUAACGUUACAGCUGUGUCGUGACAAGACUUAACAUUAAUCUGAUGACUGUUAUUUCUCUAACUAUGUUUAAUUGUUACCCGAUUUUUAAAUUAAUCAUGUAACAAUUAACUCAUGAUUUGGGGCAACAUGGAAUAAAUUGUUCAUAGAGUUACCAUCUCCCGAAUGAAACUCUAAAGGUCUUUACCUAUCACAUCCAUAAUACAGUCAACGUAUUAAUUCAUAACCUCUUAUCAUAUCAUUCUGAACGGCCGUAACCUUAUUCGAUCCGCAAAAAUCAGCUUUACUUAUGAUUCAGUACUACACAAAUUGGUUUAAUCAUUUAUUUACUAGUUAACUAAAUAAUAACACAGAAUUAACAUACACACUUAAUACAUGAGAAAAAGUCCCUAGCAGAAUAGCAGCAACAUGACUGCUUGUCUACCAAAAGAGGGAGGGGUGGAAAGAGAAAGAGACCCUUAUCGUUGAUACAUUUGGAAACCACUCAAAGUAAUCAUAGUACUUUGUGCAUGAGCCACCGCCCGUUUGGAGUAAGAAAUCAUAUAAUAAUAAUAAUAAUAUAUAUAUAUAUAUAUAUAAUAUAAAAUCAUGAAUGUAUUUACGUGUGGAUACCUUUGUUCGUCGUCUAUCUCUGUUGAACCCAAGCCCUCUUGGAAAGUGGUUUUUGGCUGGGUCUUCGCUCAGCUCACUUGUAAGGCUCUGAUUGUCCACAGGAGGUCACAAUGUCCUUCUUCUUAGUUGUAGUGGAGUGAGAACAGCUACUUGGCUGUACCAGUGAUUGUCUGAGAGGGGAGUUCUUCUCUCCACCUCAUGUGGUUAAUCAGAGUUUGAACCACUUUACACGCACAGCUGGAGCCUGGCAAUGUCCGGGUCUAGUCUGGGAGGUGAUCUUCACCUCGUGUUGAGAUUCAACAUUCCAACCAUUUUCAGACACGUAGCGACCGCCUCACGUCUUUCUGGUCUGUUAAUUUCGUUACCAAUGCUUUUUAUGCACUCUGGCCGAAUGGGCGCUCCGUCAUGCUGACGCUCUCUGAGCUCCCUCGGGGCGUGGCUAGUUACUUGUGCAAAGCUUAUAUGAAAAACUAUCAUUAGAAAACUAAAAUCACAUUCCUAUCUUAAAAAUACUUUAAUUUUUAAUAUUAUAUACACAACGUAUUGGGGAUAUACUUUCCAAGUUACAGUAUUUUCUUGAUACCAUUCUUAAUGACAUCACAAAAUAAUAAACAAUAUGACAUGAUUAUUCUUUAGAUCCCCAUUGACCAUUCCCCACGUUCUUAUGUUAUAAAUAUUGUUCCAGUAUUCAUAAUUUGAACAUUAAAGUGUUGGGUGGGACAAAGUCUCUGGAGACAAAGGACAUUCCUCUAGCCAAUACUAGAGGGUACAGAGUCCUCUCCUGCUUAAAUUUACGACCGGUUGUGAAGUGUCAACCGGCCCAGUGCCCUCCUCCCCUCUUCUGUGGAUGAGAGGGUCUGGUUAUUGUCAACCAUUGCCAAGGUGAUCUGAGCCAUUGCAUCCUCACACAGGACAGUCAUGACAGCUGUUUAUUACUGUGUCAGUGUGAAAAGUAGGGAAUUAGCUAGAUCAAUAACGUUACAUUGCCAUACUGACUAAUAACUCACAUUGCACUGAAAAAACAGAAUAUUAAUCUUCAAUCGUUUGGCUGAUGGUUUCAUCGUUUGAUUCAGGUCGAGUGUGAUUGAGGCAAAAACAAUAGUUAACGUUAGCCAACUUUUGGCCAGCUCUCUCUAACGGUACAUCAACUGGCGAAGAGCUGACCUGGCUAUUGUAGCUACUAGCUAGUGUAGCUAAUUCAUUCACCUCAGUUGAGAGGGGAGGAAAUAUUAGCGAACAUUACAUGUUAGUUACAAUACUAGCUCAGCACUGUGAAUAAACACUCGUUUUUUUUCUGUUAACUUAAACAGCAGUUACCUUGCCAGCUACAUCAGUCAACUAAAGAGUAGCCAGUUUCUGCUCUGCUUGCUUUUACAACUCGGUGAAAGAGCGCAACACAUUCACACUGAACUAUGCUCAACUCUCCUGUGCUGGUCCAGCCAGCCUUCCAGAAGCUUUGCCUUCUCACAGCCUGUCAGCCCACUCUGUGGCGUCCGCGUGGUCCUAAAUCCAGCCGGCUGAACACUCCAAACAGCCUACCUACCCGACCGCUCGUGGCCGUCCGCAUGGUCCCAAAGCACACUGUUGCUGCUUUUUGUAUCACAUUGCUAUGAUCAAACUGGGGGGGGACAAAAAUGCAAUUUCAGAAUGUAGGUGGGGGGGUGGGGGACAUGUCCGUCCGCCCCCCCCGUCCCCAGUGAAAGUUGUGCCCCUGCCUGAAGCAUUCUGCCCUGUUCUGAGAAAAGUCCCUGGGUUUACCGUCAUGCUGUGGAUGUUUGGUCAGGACGUGGUGUUUUUAAUUUGUUCAUUUUGAGAGACUCAUUACUAAGCACUUCCCUGCACAAAACACAUUGUGGGCGGCGCUCCUCCUUAUUUCUCAACGUUUGUAUGAAACCAAGAGCGAGAAACUCAUCGCUGUAUUUGCGUUUCAAAACGAUUGCGUUCUGUCAGAACUUCUGGCUAGCUUGAGUCAAUUCGUUGACAGCGGAGAGUGAUGGCGAGUGGGAAUGACAAGUCAGUGGCUGACAGCGCAUCAUCUGCUGCUGAACGACAGCGCUGCAGCGUGUGGGUCGCGGAGUGAUCUUCAAGAAAAUUGCUGAAAAAAAAGAUCACCAAGCACAUCUCCCUCCCACUCGCGCAGCUGCCAAACUGAGCAUUGAAGAGUGGGACAUUCCACAGGCCACAAUCAACAGCCUAAUCAACUCUAUGCAUAGGCGAUGUCGCGCUGCAUGAGGCAAAUGGUGGUCACACCAGAUACUGACUGGUUUUCUGAUCCAAGCCCUUACCUUAUUUUCAAGGUAUCUGUGACCAACGGAUGCAUAUCUGUAUUCCCAGUCAUGUGAAAUCCAUAGAUUAGGGCCUAAUGAAUUAAUUUAAAUUAACUGAUUUACUUGUAUGAACUGUAACUCAGUAAAAUCUUUAAGUUGUUUUUUAUGUUUUUUUCAUUACAUUGAUCCACAUUGCAACUGACCCCUUCCAAAUCGGCGUUCCUCCUUUUCCCCCUGACAUCAAUUAAUUUUUCUGCCAGGAUGCAGGAGUACCAGCGGCAGAUUGCCGAGCUGGAGGGCGAGUGCCGGGAGCUGCGUGGUCAGCUGCAGGACCUGGAGCAGGCCAACCAGACGCUGAAGGAUGAGUACGACGCCCUUCAGAUCACCUUCGGUGCCCUGGAGGAGAAGCUGCGGCGCACCACCGAUGACAACCAGGAGCUGGUGUCGCGCUGGAUGGCCGAGAAAUCCCAAGAGGCCAACAAGCUCAACGCGGAAAACGAGAAAGAUUGCAAGUGAGUAGGGUUGACCCGAUACCGGGUAUCACGAUACCAGGAAGUAUCAUGGCAAGGAAACAAAACAUGAAGCAUAUUCUAUUUCUUGAGGAAAACAGCCUUAUGUUGUCACUGAGUCACAUUUUAUUUAUUCCAAGCUUUAGCAUAUUUUACAUAAAGCAAACCUACAAGUGAGCGAGAAGCUCGACUAAGCUCUAGUUGUAUCAUAUCUUAGUGUGAUGAGGGCGUAUGGAGCAACUGGGUGGCUGGCUUGGAGCCGGGAAGGCUUGGAGACCCAGUUGUGGCUCAAUGAUCUAUCUUCUAGGUGCCCCCAAGUGGCCUGCAUGCAAUUUCAUAUAAUUUCAGUACUUUUUGUAUUUUAAUCAUGUAGCAGACGCUCUUAUCAGGAGCAACUAGCAAUCAAUGGAUUCAACUAAAGUAGGCAAAACGACCACAUGUCACCUUCAUUUUAAGGAAAACCUUCUAAAUAAGUGUUAGGUUGUGUAAUCCAGUAAUGGGUCCAUUUUAUGUAGUUGUUGUUUUUUUGCUUUUCGUUCCAGGCGCAGACAAGCCAAGCUUCAGAAGGAGCUCGCAGACGCUGCAAAGGAGCCCCUGCCCAUGGACCCGUGAGUACUAUUUACCGUAGAACCACAGAAGACUGCUCUGAGCAGAGGGAUCUACUACGAAGCAGGAUAGAGUUAGUGAGCUAAAUUGGUCAAUUCCGAGCUCAACUUGGGAUAACCGUUGACACAAAGGAGGCUGUCCUUUUAGUCAGGUACAUUUCUAAUGCAACGAAUGCUUCAGCUUGAACCUUUUCCGGGGCAGGCUAACUCCACUUGAUCCUGAAUGAUGUGUUUGAGCUGCGAGUUGAGGACCAAUCGAAUCAGAUUCCCUUACUGUCGCAAAGCGUCUUCAUCAUGCCCUUCAUUCUCCGUAUAAUAUUUGAGAAGCCGACUGCUUAAAUAUUGUAUUAAUCAAAUGUUAUUUAGUGUAAAAUUGUAAUAUUUAAAUGUAUAUCACACUACACAGUUAUGACGAGGACACAAAGGAUGAAGGAAAUUCAAUUGAGACUCACCCCUAGGGUUGAUGUUUGACUUUUCUGGUCUCCUUUCCUCAGGGACGACGACAUCGAGGUUCUAGCUGAGGAUUCUGGGAAAGGCACUGGAGAGGCCUCUCCCAACCGGCCGCUCAGCCGCACCCCCAGGUGGGAGUGUGACUCAAACAUGUUCUUAGGGAAACCCUGGCCCCUAUAGCCAGUCCUACACACUUGAUGUAGAUAUGUAAGAAUUUGAUAGAUCUAAACAAUAUAGAAGUAGCUCUACCUUGCCCUAUGAAAGGCUUGGGCAACAUCUUCACCAAUCGGCAUAUUGUUUAUACCAGACCUGGGUUCAAAUGAUUUGUUCUUUAAAUACCUAUUUUCUGUGUAUUUGAGUAUUUUCAAAUAACGUGGUCAAAUCCACUACUUCUAUUGGUAAUUGAACAUAUUUUCAAAUGAACUUACUAUAAAAAGCCUACUAUUUAAAAAUAAUCAAAUGCGUUAUUUCAAGUACCAUACAGACCUGGGUUCAAAUGCAUGGGAGUAUUUAUUUUUUGUAUUUCCAAAUACAUUCCGAUAUUCAACUACUUGUAUAAAAAAGAUAUAUAAUCCAAAUACUUACUUCCAAAUGUCUUUUAAAGUAAUUGAAAUACCCUAAAUAUUAUUUCAACCCAGGUCUGGUUUAUACUCAAUAUAUCAAAUAUUUUCAAAUCUACACAAGUGCCUAGAAAGUUGGGGCUACGGAUGUUUCUGGACCUGGCAGUGUAUUGUUUGGUUGAGGUGUUGUGUUGCAUAUGAAAUAACCCUCCUCUCUGUGUUCCUCUCUCGUAGUAAACGUAUCUCCGGACAGCCUCCUCAAAGCGGCCUGUUGGACUCAAUCUCCAACAUAUUUGGGUGCGUUUGCUUGGUUCUCAGUGUGGCGAGACUGUUGUCUUCCACUCUAUGGGUGUAUGUCUGGUCGUCUGUCCUGGGUUGUGUUCAUAAGGCACCAAACGGAAGAGAACCGACUGAAACUAGGAUGGACUACAAGGGGUGUAUUCACUACGUACCAAGUGGAAGCAAACGGGCCGGAACUGAAUCUGCCCCCCCAAAAAAUAGCUGUUUUCAUUGCAUAAAGUCUUGCUACGGUGUGCGUAAAUGAAUACACCCCUGGAAAGGGGCAUUUUCGUUUUAUGUUGCAUUACAUUUUCAAACAUUUUUCCCUGAUGUUACCGUGGUUCCCAUGUGGAUCCUCUCUGGGCGGGUGUGUCCAUCCUGUUGAUGAUGGCUUCUCUCUGUCUGUCCGUCUGCAGCGUGUCUGAGUCUGUGGAGCCCGGACUCCUCCCUCCAGACUCCAGGUGAAACGUCACUGUGGUGUCUAUAGGGCUCACAGCUGUGUGCGCGCCUGUGUGUGUGGGCCGACGUGGGUGUGUGUGUGGGCCUGUGUGUAUGUGUGUUAGAGAGGAGGCAUCUUGAUGUAGCUACUAAAAAUAUGGCACUAUUACAUUUGGCUUCUCAGUGAGGGUUUUCACCUCCCUGUAAAUCAAUAUUCACUAUUACUAACAUAAUCAGACUCAAUAGAAUAAAAUAAGAGUAUAGUACAAAAAUAACGUAUCAGAAGAAAAAACGUCUAACAACAAUAACAAAAAGUUCAUUUGAGGGUUUUCACCUCCCAACCUAGUUCAUACAGCAGCCAUGUGGCCUUAAAGAGGAUUCCUGUAGAACUAACGAUGAAGGAAAUGAUCACUAAGAGCCAUUUGCCUUUAGAACAGAACUGUCCGAUUCUUACGAGAGCCUCCUACAGGGUUUGAGUAAAAGAGUAUUAGUGCCCCCUUAUUAGUUUCCCACGUGGGAUUUAUCUAGGGCCAAAUCUGGGAAUGACAGUGGCACUUAUCGACUGACCAUCAAAUCUUAAACUGAUGGAUUGAUUUUAAAAUGGGGUCUCGGACAUACCAAUUGCUUUGUUAGUAAUUCAAUGGCUUUUUUAUCAUAUUUCUGCAAGGAACUUAAAUAGUUUUUUGUGGAAGUUGUUCCAAAGCAAAUUCAUAAAUUCUGGAACUCACCUCUUGCUAAAUGUUUCCUUUUCUUUUUAUAUUGCUUGUGUUGAGUGAGCCUAAUUCCACCUAAUGUGAAUGGGGUCAUUUGUUUUGAUAAUUCCAAAGUGUUCCCUCUAGUAAGUCUACCUUUAUUAGUGUGCGAACAUCAAAUACUGACAUGCUUUUCAAAGCGCCUACGUCUUUGUGUGUGAUUUCCCCCGCUCCCCCCACCCUUAUACCGGUAUGUAAACAAGGCUGGAGACUUUAGGGUGUUCCAUAAAGCAGGAUCAUUAAGUUAGCCAGUGAACUUUGUUAAGCAGUAAAAUAUAUACAUAUUUUUUUAUUCAUUUAAAAAUAAACUUUAAUAUCGGUUGUUAGAUAUCAAGUCUUAUACCAUGGUAAUUUCACGUCUAUUUCUCUUUUCAGUUUGAGGCAGCAUUACGUUUGCUAGCAAAGAGCAGUGCCGUUAUUGGCUUACUGUAAAUAAGUGAAUUGUUUUGCUCCAUGAUGGUUAGCUUGCUAGCUAAAGUUGUUUACAGUUGGCAACCGCUCCUACACUGUUUAGCUACUGUGACACUUGGCUAUAGCGUAUUGGCUAUGGUAUGUAGCCUAGUUUGAUUGUUGAAGGAUUUCCUUUGUGGAUUUACUCCGAAACUACCCUGCAAGCAUUGCGUUUUCCUUUCCGUUAGCGUAAAAUGAAAAGUGAGCCAGUUGUGAGUUGCUUCUGCAUGUCUCGUUGGUUAAAAGUGGGACCGUUUCAGCUAUGCUACGCUUGCGGUUUAGUUUGGCCGUUAGCGGCAACUGAUUUGGGAUCCUAGAAAUCCCUGGCUUCCAUUUGCUUCCUGACAAGAGUUCCCUGACUUCUUCUCACUUCCAUCGCUCUGCUCUCUGACCAUGCACUGGCUUCCCUGGGACCAUUGCAUGUUGUGCUAUGAGUUCUGUAAACAUAUGGUUGUAUUUCGACUUCCCUGAAUGUGUUUUCUUUUUGAUUGUCUGCACGUUUUGAGGUGAUUACUAGUUUGAGCGAGGCAAGGCGAGGCGCAGAAUUGCUAAUCUCAAUCACAUAAUGGGUCGUCAAGUCAUUUUGCGAUGUGAGGUGAAUUGUAAAUCAGCAAUUCUGCGAAGACCGACUGCAACGUAGUUGAUCUCAAACAUGCAUGGUGAUCUCUGACUGAAUUUAUUGAAAGCUCUCCUCUCUGUUGGCAGGCGUCGUCCUGGGAACUCGUACGGAACAUCACCCGAAAACACGGAGACCCCCUCCGGAGUGUGUGCCGAUGUCCGUGUUCCCUCCACGGCCCUCCACGUAUUUGUAAGUUUCUUCAUUUCAUUCUCCUACACACAGUGUUUUGAGAUCAGGCCAGCUCUCUCUCUCACACGUUUAGGUCAAUGAUGAGAUGUAAAAGGUCUGAUUGCCCAAGUCCUUUCCCAUUGUCCCCUCUGCUCCCAGCAGCCCCUGCUCUACUCCCAGCAUGCUCUAGUUGUGCAUCGUUGGCCGCAGGGGCUGCUGACAGAGAGGAUGACCUCACAUCCUGUGUCUCUAAGAGACCAAGGCGUCACAGUGAUGAUGGACAUCCAACAUGACUAAUCACCAAGGAGUAUCGGGGUGUGGGAUUGGGAUAGGUAGAUGAUCUCAAGUUUUCAAGCUGAGACCUAAACUUCAGAAAACGAUGCAGGAGAGAAAGAAAAAUACUUAAAUGGCUUUAAUGGGCUUUCAAUGGAGCUGUGCACCAAUUGAGAAAGUGUUUAUGAAAUGUGUUUGUGGUUUAAAAACAACCUCUGUAUCUUCAGUCACCGCCUGUAUUUACUGUGUUAACCUGAUUCGUAUUCAUUAGGCACCAAACAGAAGAAAUGUUGUCUGUCGCAAACCCCUUUGAAACGUUUUCAGUUGCGUGUGUGCCUGUAUCGACACAAUGACGUUGAAGAACUCUUUGGUCACCCACUGUGUGUGGCAUUUGUCUGUUCAGGACGCCCAUGACGGGGAGGUGAAUGCGGUGCGGUUCAGCCCAGGCUCCCGACUCCUGGCCACCGGAGGGAUGGAUCGCAGGGUCAAGCUGUGGGAGGUGGUCUCAGGUAUGUGACGUCUUUGUAUGAGUAAAGUGUGUGACUGUUGUAGGUCUGGAGGUCAGUGAUGAACUGUAAAAGGUCUGAUUGCCCAAGUCCUUUCCCAUUGUCCCCUCUGCUCCCAGCAGCCCCUGCUCUACUCCCAGCAUGCUCUAGUUGUGCAUCGUUGGCCACAGGGGCUGCUGACAGAGAGGAUGACCUCACAUCCUGUGUCUCUAAGAGACCAAGGCGUCACAGUGAUGAUGGACAUCCAACAUGACCAAUCACCAAGGAGUAUCGGGGUGUGGGAUUGGGAUAGGUAGAUGAUCUCAAGUUUUCAAGCUGAGACCUUCAUGAAAGGAGCAUGAUUAGAGCGCACCAAACGGGAGUAUGUCAAUUAGGGAUGUGACAAAAGGACCAUUUUGCUUAAUGUUUAAACUACAAUUUCUAUCAUAGUUUUUCCGUUAAAAUGAUAAGAAAAAUUCCAGGUCAAUUCACAAUGCAGAAUAAUGGUCCUAUUACUUGGGGCCUAUGUAUGACCGCUAGGGCCGGUGGAAUGAAGUUAUAUCUACCGCAGUCAUAUACCUUUGAAAGCGCCUCGGCUAUGGCAUGUUUACUUGUCUGUAAGGGUACACUACGACUUUUUAACACUAGAACCGCCUGGCCUUUCAGCCUAUAAGUACCCACUAGAGAAUGUUGAGAACAUUGUCAGCGUCUCCUUUAGCAUACGCAUCAGAUGCAUAUCAACCCGCAAGGUGCGCAAACAUAAGCACCAACGCUUGACAAAUAGUGCAGAAACAAUUGUAAAGGAUGAAUUGCAUGAAGAAAUAUUUGUGGAAAUAUAUCCAUGUAAAAAUAUAACAAUAGUUGGGUUUUUUUAGAUAGUCAAGGAUAUCUUUUGUAUAAUUCUGCAAAGUCCUAGUGAAAAACUUAGGCAUAUAGCCUAUUUACGACACCAUUUCCAGUCAAUGACUCAUCAACAUUCUGACAGGCUAAUAAAUAUGUUUCAAUUAUGCUAUCCGAAGAAUAAUCAUUUGGUUGUGUUUAUGAAGGUAACAUUAGAAUACAAUUAUUUUUUAUAUUUCAAAGAACAUAAUAGCAUUAGUUUGUUACUCUAGGACCUCGAAGCCAGUUCCACUGCAUUCUUUCAUUUCCCCCCUCUAAUCAGGGACUGAUUUAGACCUGGGACACCUGGUGUGUGCAAUUAAAUAUCAGGUAGAAUAGAAAACCUGUAGGCUCCAGACCUCGUAGGCUAGAAGUAAAAACGAAAAACCAUUAGUUCAAGAGUAAAAUCCAUCACAAAGAAAUCCAUUAUUUCGUUUUGGCAGGUCUAAAGAAACAUUGUGGAAAUAACAAUGUAUAAAAAAAAAAAUCAAAACAGAAUUAACAUAUUUUUACGUUUAUUAUGUUACUAGUCUUUGCUUAGUAGCCAGAGCAAUGCUGCUGCGCGAGUGGUGCUGAACGCAUUGAUAGCGUGCAUAUUCUUGGAAAAAGUGAUAUUUGGAAAUAGAGCUGAGCCUUUUGAAUUUUGUAUAAUUUGACAACAGUGUGUCAUAGAGCAUAUUCUGCAGUUUCUGAUAUUAUAUAGAAAUCUAAACGUUUUACCUGCAUUGAGUCUUUUUCUGAAGGAGGAUUUGAUAGUGAUACUCCUUUCCCUGCAUCUGUCAAUUCCAAGCUGCGCCCAUCUCUUCAUGUAUAAUUUGAUAACUGAUAAUAUUGUCACUCAUCAGACUAUUGUCAAUUUAAUCUGGUCUUUAGGCUAAUUCUUAUUAUGUGUGAAAUUAGUUUCGGUAUAGUUUAGGUGUAGUUUCGAUGGGCCGGCUGCGCAGACUGACAGACAUCAUUUGCUUCCCCUCACGCAUCAACUCGGAUAGAGUCAAGGAUAUGUUUUGCAAUAUUCUAAAGGCCUACUGCAAUACGUAGCAUGUUUUCGUUUCCCUUACAAUAAAUAUUUUUAUAAAACGGUACCAUAACUGCUUCUUUUUACAAAUUUAAAAUGUAAGAGCGAAUGAUAUCAACCCGUAAGGCGUGCGGUCAAAUAAUUUGCUAUAAACAUGAGUGCAAAUGCUGAUAAAUAAUUCCUUAUCAUCCAGUUAGGCCUAAUUUUAAAUUAAAUUGUGAAGUAAUGUGCACGAUUAUUGCCCAUUUAAUCCAUUUGCCAUUCAGUGAGGAGAGAGAGACACAUUAGCGCCUGGCUGGGUACCAACGUCCUACAGUGCAUUGUCUUUGUGGGUUAAGUUGUGAAUAGGUAUUAAAAAAAAUGGGUAGAAAGGCUCAAUACUUUUCUGUUUGUGAUUUCAAAAUUCUGAUAAAUGAGUAAUGUAACAUACAAACAUUUAGGCAAAGUCAGGGAAGGACAUUUUUUUGUUGUCGGUAGGAAUCGUCCUCUAGGAAUCGACUCCUAAGAUGAAAUAUUUUUGGAACGGAGGAGACUGAUUUUAGUUGCUGUACUUCUGAGAAUACAAACACUCCCGUCUUUCAUAGUGAGGGACGGAGAGAGAGAGGGAGGAGGGGCACAGUAUAGGCUGGUCGGCCACCAGGCAGACAGUCAGAACCCUGCACUAGGCCUAUCUAUCGGCAAUCGAAAGCUGUAUCUCGCAAUGGAAUGCUGUAUUUCGCAAUUUCUUGGCUUGCAAUGUCUCGCGACUUCAGUAAAGCAGGGCCUAUCAUCAAUGAAUAGGCUAGGAUAUUCUACACGAAACAGACCGAAGACAGAACACACUGGCAUCAUUAGAGAAGAGUAAGAGCAGGUGAGCCAGCUGCACUGUGAUUUUAAUGUUGUGGAGAAAAAAAGAAAAACAUGUUUUUCCAUUAGGGAUUUAUGUUAAGGAUCCCAAUUUUCAUUUAAACGUUCACACCCCUAAUGCCAAUGCCGAUUAUUCACCACAGCUGCAUAGAAUUGCCCUAUAGUUAUUGUAAUUUGAAAUGGUGGCAUGUGUUCAGUUGGUGUGUAUUUUAAUGUAUACUCUUGUUCUGUGUUGUAGCAGUCUAUCCUGGGACUUGUUCAUUAGUCGCCAAAAGAAAAUGGACUGAAGCGGGGAGGGACUACCUGCACUCGUCCAAUAAGAAUGCAAAUUUUAGUUUUUCGCCGCGUGCUACAAUUAACAUGGCCCUGACAUCACCCCCUUUCAAAUUGACUGCCAUUUAUUUGUCUCAAGAUUUGAGUAGAAUGGUCAGGGACUUCCUCAGGCACCGAUUGGGUAUGGUUCUGGGGUGUAUUCACUAGGAACCCAAAGGAAGCAAAUGGGUGGAAACGGCGAGAGACUAACCAGAACAUGUCCAAUAAGAGAAGCUUAUUUAUUUGCUAAAUGUUUUCCAUUGCAAAAAUGUUUGCUAUGGUGUGCACUAAUGAAUACCCGUUUUCUUCCUGUAUACAGGUCGCUGUGAGCCGAAGGGUGCUCUGACUGGCAGCAACGCCGGGAUCACCAGUAUAGAGUUUGACAGUGCUGUGAGUGUCAUCCUGACAAAUCUAAUAACCUGUCUAAAAUGGCACCCUAUAUCAUGGAUCAUCAACUAGAUUCAGCCGUGGGAUGUUUUUUUUCUUGAGCCAAUGGUCAGGGGGCCGGAAAAUAAUUACAAAUCAUUUGUAAAUUGCAAAUUCACCGCAAGAAGGCCAAACAGAUAGUAUUUAACUAAAACAUACGUUUGUAUAUGAUUACAUACACUACAUGACCAAAAGUAUGUGGACACCUGCUCGUCGAACAUCUCAUUCCGAAAUCAUGGGCAUUAAUAUGGAGUUGGUCCCCCCUUUGCUGCUAUAACAGCCUCCACUCUUCUGGGAAGGCUUUCCACUAGAUGUUGGAACAUUGCUGCGGGGACUUGCUUCUAUUCAGCCGCAAGAGCAUUAGUGAGGUCAGGCACUGAUGUUGGGCGAUUAGGCCUGGCUAGCAGUCGGCGUUCCAAUUCAUCCCAAAGGUGUACGAUGGGGUUGAGGUCAGGGCUCUGUGCAGACCAGUCAAGUUCAUCCACACCGAUCUCGACAAACCAUUUCUGUAUGGACCUCGUUUUGUAAAAGGAGGCAUUGUCAUGCUGAAACAGGAAAGGGCCUUUCCCAAACUGUUGCCACAAAGUUGGAAUCACAGAAUCGUCUAGAAUGUCAUUAUAUACUGUAGCGUUAAGAUUUCCCUUCACUGGAACUAAGGAGCCAAGUCCGAACCAUGAAAACAGCCCCAGACCAUUAUUCCUCCUCCACCAAACUUUAGUUGGCACUAUGUAUUCGGACAGUUGCGUUCUCCUGGCAUCCGCCAAACCCAGAUUCGUCCAUCGGACUGCCAGAUGGUGGAGUGUGAUUCAUCACUCCAGACAACGCGUUUCCACUGUUCAAGAGUCCGAUGGCAGCAAGAUUUACACCACUCCAGCCGACGCUUGGCAUUGUGCAUGGUGAACUUAGGCUAGUGUGCGGCUGCUCGGCCAUGGAAACCCUUUUCAUGAAGCUCAGACGAACAGUUAUUUUAAUGACGUUGCUUCCAGUUUUAGCACUCGGCAGUCCCAUUCUGUGAGCUUGUGUGGACUAACACUUUGCGGCUGAGCUGUUGUCGCUCCUAGACGUUUCCACUUCACAAUAACAGCACAUACAGUUGACCAGGGCACCUCUAGCAGUGCAGAAAUUUGACAAACUGACUUGUUGGAAAGAUGGCAUCCUAUGACGGUGCCACGUUGAAAGUCGCUGAGCUCUUCAGUAAGGCCAUUCUACUGCCACUGUUUGUCUAUGGAGAUUGCAUGGCUGUUUGCUUGAUUUUAUACACCUGUCAGCAAUUGGUGUGGCUGAAAUAGCUGAAUCCACUCAUUUGAAGGGGUGUCCACAUACUUUUGUAUAUACACUGCAUUCGGAAAGUAUUCAGACCCCUUGACUUUUUCCACAUUUUGUUACGUUACAGCCUUAUUCUAAAAUGUAUUAAAUUAUAUUUUUCCCUCAAUCUACACACAAUACCCCAUAAUGACAAAGUGGAAACAGGUUUUUUGCAAAUGUAUUAAAAAUAACAAAACAGAUCUUAUUUACGUAAGUAUUCAGACCCUUUGCUAUGAGACUCAAAAUUGAGCUCAGGUGUAUUCUGUUUCCAUUGAUCAUCCUUGAGAUAUUUCUACAACUUGAUUGGUUCCACCUGUGGUAUAUUCAAUUGAUUGGAAAGAUAUACACCUGUCUAUGUCAGGUCCCACAGUUGACAGUGCGUGUCAAAGCAAAAAGCAAGCCAUGAGGUCGACGGAAUUGUCCGUAGAGCUCCGAGACAGGAUUGUGUCGAGGCACAGGUCUGGGGAAGGGUACAAAAAAAAUGUCUGCAGCAUUGAAGGUCCCCAAGAACACAGUGGCCUCCAUCAUUCUUAAAUGGAAGAAGUUUGGAAACACCAAGACUCUUCCUUGAGCUUUACGCCCGGCCAAACUGAGCAGUCGGGAGAGAAGGUCCUUGGUCAGGUAGGUGACCAAGAACCCGAUGGUCACUCUGACAGACCUCCAGAGUUCCUCUGUGGUGAUGGGAGAACCUUCCAGAAGGAGAACCAUCUCUGCAGCACUACUAAUCAGGCCUUUAUGGUAUUUGUGGUCCUCUGUAGCUCAGCUGGUAGAGCACGGCGCUUGUAACGCCAAGGUAGUGGGUUCGAUCCCCGGGACCACCCAUACACAAAAAAAUGUAUGCAUGCAUGACUGUAAGUCGCUUUGGAUAAAAGCGUCUGCUAAAUGGCAUAUUAUAUUAUAUUUGCCAGAUGGAAUCCACUCUUCAGUGAAAGGCACAUGACAGCCCGCUUGGAGUUUGCCAAAAGGCACCUAAAGGACUCUCAAACCAUGAGAAACAAGAUCCUCUGGUCUGAUGAAACCAAGGUUGAACUCUUUGGCCUGAAUGCCAAGCAUCACGUCUGGAGGAAACCUGGCACCAUCCUUACGGUGAAGCGUGGUGGCAGCAUGCUGUGGGGAUGUUUUUCAGCGGCAGGGACUGGGAGACUAGUCAGGAUCAAGGGAAGCUGAACGGAGCAAAGUACAGAGAGAUCCUUGAUGAAAACCUGCUCCGGAGCGCUAUGGACCUCAGACUGGGGCGAAGGUUCACCUUCCAACAGGACAACGACCCUAAGCACACAGCCAAGACAACGCACAAGUGGCUUCGGGACAAGUCUCUGAAUGUCCUUAAGUGGCCCAGCCAGAGCCCAGACUUGAACCUGGUCGAACAUCUCUGGAGAGACCUGAAAAUAGUUGUGCAGCGACGCUCCCCAUUCAACCUGACAGAGCUUGAGAGGAUCUGCAGAGAAGAAUGGGAGAAACUCCCCAAAUACAGGUGUGCCAAGCUUGUACCAACAUACCCAAGAAGAGUUGAGGCUUUAAUUGCUGCCGAAGUUGCUUCAACAAAGUACUGAGUAAAGGGGCUGAUUACUUGUGUAAAUGAGAUUUUAUUUACAUGAGAUAUUGUGUAGAUUGAGUUUUUUUAUUUUUAUAAUGCUGUAACAUAACAAAAUGGGAAAACGUCAAUGGGUCUGAAUACUUUGCAAAUGCACAGUGUAUAUUUCACUAUUAAAUCCCUUGGUCAUGUCCAACAAUAAAGAAAAUAAACGGGACUCUUCCAUGUAAAGUAAAGCGGACUAUAUAGGAAAUGGGCUGCCAUUUCAGACAAACCCUAAUUUCCCCUGUUAAGGUCACAGGCAAUCUCUGCCUUCUGCUUUGCUACAUUUAAAAAACAUUUUAGUCAUUUAGCAGACGCUCUUAUCCAGAGCGACUUACAGUUAGUGAGUGCAUACAUUUUCAUACUCGAACCCACAACCCUGGCGUUGCAAGCGCCAUGCUCUACCAACUGAGCUACACAGAGCUACAUCUGCUGGAGAGGAUAAGUUCGUUAGAGUUACCACCCUCAGAAAUUGCAGGCCAAAUAAGUGCUUCACAGAGUUCAAGUAACAGACACAUCUCAACAUCAACUGCUCAGAGGAGACUGCGUGAAUCAGGUCUUCGUGGUCGAAUUGCUGCAAAAAAACACUACUAAAGGACACCAAUAAGAAGAAGAGACUUGCUUGGUCCAAGAAACACGAGCAAUGGAUGUUAGACCGGUGGAAAUCUGUCUGGAGUCCAAAUUUGAGAUGUUUGGUUCCAACCGCCGUGUCUUUCUGAGACUCAGAGUAGGUGAACGGAUGAUUUCCGCAUGUGUGAUUUCCGCAUGUGUGGUUCCCACCGUGAAGCAUGGAGGAGGAGAAGUGAUGGUGUGGGGGUGCUUUGCUGGUGACACUGUCUGUGAUUUAUUUAGAAUUCAAUGCACACUUAACCAGCAUGGCUACCACAGCAUUCUGCGGCGAUACACCAUCCCAUCUGGUUUGGGCUUAGUGGGACUACCAUUUGUUUUUCAACAGGACAAUGACCCAAAACACACCUCCAGGCUAUUUGACCAAGAAGGAGAGUGAUGGAGUGCUGCAUCAGAUGACCUGGCCUCCCACAAUCACCUGACCUCAACUCAAUUGAGAUGGUUUGGGAUGAGUUGGACUGCAGAGUGAAGGAAAAGCAGCCAACAAGUGCUCAGCAUACACGGGAACUCCUUCAAGACUGUUGGAAAAUCAUUCCUCAUGAAGCUGGUUGAGAGAAUGCCAAGAGUGUGCAAAGCUGUCAUCAAAGCAAAGGGUGGCUACUUUGAAAAUUGUAAAAUAUAUUUUGAUUUGUUUAAUACUUUCUUGGUUACUACAUGAUUCCAUAUGUGGUAUUUCAUAGUUUUGAUGUCUUCACUGUAAGUCGCUCUGGAUAAGAGCGUCUGCUAAAUGACUAAAAUAUAAUAUAAAUAUGCUAUUAUUCUACAAUGUAGAAAAUAGUAAAAAAUAAAGAAAAACCCUUGAAUGAGUAGGUGUGUCAACUUUUGACUGGUACUGUACUUUAGUCACACGUGAUAUUUUGACACCACUAGCCCAAUUUUUACGAAACUUAGGUGAGUGAUGUGUCUUGCCAUAGAGAUCCGGCAUUUACAAACUUCUAACAAACAUAUCUCCUGUCCCGUUUGAACUUGAAUUUUUUUCACUAAUUGGCCCAAGGGCUGCAUUAUGCAUGGGGGACGACAUGUUUGUUUUUUGCUUGUGGAUACUUGCACAGCAAGUUGAACUGGAGUCACAUCUGUAGAUCUUUUGGUCUUUUUUGUAAACUGUUGCAACCUGAAAAUUGUACUGUACUUUGAAAAAAAAAAAAUAUAUAUAUAUAUAUAUAUGAGUCAUACUUUGAGCUAGAUUCCUUGUUUCAUUUUCAGUGGGCCUCAGAGUUCAGGUUUAGAUAAUUUAAUUGAAUGACCAACCUCUGACUGCAUUGAUGCACUUCCACUCCACUGUUUAACUGGGUUGUGUGUGUCUCAGGGCUCCUACUUGCUGGCUGCAUCCAAUGACUUUGCCAGUAGGAUCUGGACUGUGGAUGACUACAGACUGAGGGUAAGUGUGCCACAGAAGGGCCCUUCUAUACAUCCAGAAGAAAACAAACCGAAUUUGCUUGUUUUUAUUGCUGUAGCAUGCAAGUGAAUGUUGUAGGGCUGACCCCAUUUAGUCGACUGGUCGAUUGUUUGGUCGAUAGGCUGUUGGUCGACCCAAGUUAUUUUUAUUUUUUUUUAACAGUCGCAAAUAGAUGAAGAAAAAACAAUUACAUGAGACACCUGUCUGAUUUUGCUCCUGUCUCAGUGGACUAAUCCAUUGACUAAGCCGAGGGAAUGCCACGGUCCAAGAAGAAUGGGAGUGUGGCUAAGAUGCACAAGGCACGUCUCUCUCCAGAAUGCGAUCUCUCCCGCCAUUUUGUGCACUUUCAUUGUUUCAUAACUUCAUUGUGUGACUUGUUUGCCCUUUGAUUGUUAGUCUAUCAAUUCCCCAUUACAUAUAUCACCAGUAGUAGCCUACAUUUACCAUUGCAGACAGGCCAUGCGUAGCCUUUGUGAUUUAUAAGAUAUUUAUUUUUAUCAGGAUAUUUUCUACCUGCAGGCUGCAAUGUUUUUUUUGUGUUUGCUUUAUGUAGGCUAUUUUUACAUAGUUGGCAAUGACAAAGUUAAUUUUAGAUUUGUAUCAUUUUCAUUUAGAUUAACCAAAUGACAAUGAUCUUGAGAUACAAAGACUUAUUACUAAUGAAAUGAAACUGUUCCAUAAAUGUGAAUAUGAAAAUCAUAACUGGCACGCAGGUAGGUAGAAAUGGUAAGAUACAUUGGCACUCCAAAUGGGAAAGGUUGCCGACCUCUGGUGUUGCCUAUUGCCGGCAACUUCAGAGGUGUAAUGGCAGAAUCUGCGAAGGGGGGUCGGGAACAGAUUUUUUUUCUUGUGGUUAGGCUAUCUUCAUCUCUGGCUCCCUCUUGAGUCAUUUGUGUCGUACUUAUUUAAUCAAGCAUCGUGCUUAAAGCAUCAGACAAGCUCAAUACAUACAGUGCAUUCAGAAAGUAUUUAGACCCCUUCACUUUUUCCACAUUUUGUUAAGUUACAGCCUUAAUCUAAAAUGAAUUAAAUUAAAUGUUUUCCUCAUCAAUCUACACACAAUACCCCAUAAUGACAAAACGAAAAUGUUUGCACAUUUAUUAAAAAUUAAAAACAAACCUUAUUUACAUAAGUAUUCAGACCCUUUGCUAUGAGACUCGAAAUUGAGCUCAGGUGCAUCCUGUUCCCAUUGAUCAUCCUUGAUGUUUCUACAACUUGAUUGGAGUCCAACUGUGGUAUAUUCAAUUGAUUGGACAUGAUUUAGAAAGGCACACACCUGUCUAUAUAAGGUCCCACAGUUGACAGUGCAUGUCAGAGCAAAACCAAGCCAUCAGGUCGAAGGAAUUGUCUGUAGAGCUCCGAGACAGGAUUGCGUCGAGGCACAGAUCUGGGGAAGGGUACCAAACAAUGUCUGCAGCAUUGAAGGUCCCCAAGAACACCGUGGCCUCCAUCAUUCUUAAAUGGAAGAAGUUUGGAAACACCAAGACUCUUCCUAGAGCUGGCCACCCGGCCAAACUGAGCAAUCGGGUGAGGAGGGCCUUGGUCAGGGAGGUGACCAAGAACCUGAUGGUCACUCUGACAGAGCUCUAGAGUUCCUCUGGUGAUGGGAGAACCUUCCAGAAGGACAACCAUCUCUGCAGCACUCCACCAAUCAGGCCUUUAUGGUAGGGUGGCCAGACUGAAUCCACUCCUCAGUAAAAGCCACAUGACAGCCCUCUUGGAGUUUGCCAAAAGGCACCUAAAGGACUCUCAGACCAUGAGAAACAAGAUUCUCUGAUCUGAUGAAACCAAGAUUUAAGUCUUUGGCCUGAAUACCAAGCGUCACGUUUGGAGGAAACUAGGCACCGCUCAUCACCUGGCCAAUAUCAUCCCUACGGUGAAGCAUGGACGUGGCAGCAUCAUGCUUUGGGGAUGUUUUUCAGCGUCAGGGACUGGGAGAGUAGUCAGGAUCGAGGGAAAGAUGAACGGAGUAAAGUACAGAGAUCCUUUGAUGAAAACCUGCUCCAGAGCGCUAAGGACCUCAGACGGGGGCGACGGUUCACCUUCCAACAGGACAGCGACCCUAAGCACACAGCCAAGACAACGCAGGAGUGGCUUAGGGACAAGUUUCUGAAUGUCCUUGAGUGGCCCAGCCAGAACCCGAUCGAACAUCUCUGGAGAGACCUGAAAAUAGCUGUGCAGCGACAUUCCCAUCCAACCUGACAGAGCUUGAGAGGAUCUGCAGAGGAGAAUGGGAGAAAUUCCCCAAGUGUGAAAAGCUUGUAGCGUCAUACCCAAGAAGACUCGAGGCUGUAAUCUCUGCCAAAGGUGCUUCAACAAAGUACUGAGUAAAGGGUCUGAAUACUUAUGUAAAUGUUAUAUUUCAGUUAAUUUUUUAUACAUUUGCAAACAAUAUAUAAACCUGUUUUUGCUUUCUCAUUAUGGGGUAUUGUGUGUAGAUUGAAAAACAAUUGAAUCAAUUUUAGAAUAAGGCUGUAACGUAACAAAAUAUGGAAAAAGUCAAGGGGUCUGAAUACCUUUCGAAUGCACUGUAUAUAAGAACAUACGCCCCUUUCGGAGCCUAAAAUAACACUCUUCAAGGCUGUGUUUGUGAGAUACUGCAAAAGUUCUAUGCUGAUGGUCAAUGAUGUGAUAAUGUAAGAGGCCUGAUGCCCAGUUCCACUCACUGCUAUCCAUCGGCUCCUAACAGCCCCUGCUCUAUUCUCAGCAUGCUCUAGUUGUGCAUCGUUGGAUACAGAGGCUGCUGACACCGAGGAUGAUGUCACAUCCUGUGUCUUUAAGAGACCAAUGGCGUCACUGUGAUGACAGACAUCCAACAGAACCAAUCCAUAAGGAGUAUCAGGCUGUAGUACGGGGCUGGGCCGCUGAUCUCAACUUUCAAACUGAGACCGUACCUGUGUUCUCAAACACAAAGGGCCAUGAGUUUUCCUUCACCUUAAUGUGGCUGGGUGAAAAUCUCCAGGCCUAGUUAGUUAUACGCUCCAACUACGGCCCAGAGAUUGUGCUGGACAGGGUUGUGUUCACUAGGCACGAAAUGGAAGAAAACGCUUUGAAACAGUGAAACGGUGCGGUACUAUCUGAACUUGGCCAAUAAGAAACUCUCGUUUUCAUUCGUUUCCCCCCAGCACACGCUGACAGGCCACAGCGGGAAGGUGCUGGCGGCUCGCUUUCUCCUGGACAACGCUCGUAUCGUCUCCGGGAGCUACGACAGGACUCUGAAACUGUGGGACCUGCGCAGCAAAGUCUGUAAGAGUUUACUUUUUUAUUUUACCCAUUAGUGUUAGCAUUUCGUUUACGUUCCUCCUUGUCUCUGGUUUCCCCUUUUUUAAGGGAUUUUGGUUUUUUUCAGCCACACUAAAUGGCUUUUAAGAUUUUAACGCAGAUUCACUGUAUGGUCUACUCGUUAGGAUUAGUUUUUCUUGUGGACGGAGCCCUGGGUCAGUUCUGAAUCCCCAGUCUGUUUCUUCCUCUCAGGCAUGAAGACUGUGUUUGCUGGGUCCAGCUGUAAUGACAUAGUCUGCACAGAGCAGUGUGUCAUGAGCGGCCAUUUUGAUAAGAAAGUGCGGUUCUGGGACAUCAGGUGAGUGUGGAGGGAUAGUCCAUAAUAGAUGGGUUAUUGACGUCCAACUAACUAUCCACUAACCUUAAAGGGGCAAUCGGCAGGUGAAAGAAUAACAAAGCGAUUUCCCAGCCCCUUGUUCGGUAAAAAGCUGCGGGAUAGGCCUGGAGAAAUAGGACUGACCAUCCAUGAUAUCAAAAUUAGUUUUAACCAUGUUUUGAGGCUAUAUAGUGGUUGUUUACAUUUACUUUGUUUACAAACAUUUGAGUAAAACAAGUUUAUUUUGGGUUCUGAUGGGGUACGACAUUUGAAAUAAGUUCAUGAGACAUUUAUAAGUUAUAUUCUUCAAGAAUCAAUGGGUACACAUCAUUAAUUUUUAAGUCAGAAAAUGAUGACGCAACUGCAGAUUGCCCCUUUAACCUUACCAAAACGGUAAACUUAACCAUAUCCCUAGUAAUGCUUAACGUAUGCUUCCCAUUUCUUUUUCAAAAUCUGCCAUGAAAUUAGCAGCAGCAGUAUAGAAACGUUGCUAGGCAAAUGCAUUCUUCUCUCCUAGAUGCAGAAUUAAAGGGGAAUUACACUCAAAUGUAAAGUUUAGUUUUUUGCCCAGACCUCAAAUGGUCAUCUGUGAUUUAAGCAUUGACAUGGACUCGGAACAUCCCAUUUCGUUGUUUAUCUAUAAAUAAUUGUAAUUUUGAGUGGAAAAAUACAAAAUGAUCAAAAACCAGGAAAAAAUAAAAUGGAGAAAACAACAGAAUUCAGGAAAGAUGUAACAGAAUUUGGGGGAAAUAUACAUAUUUUACAGGACCCCCUUAAGGCUAUGAUGCAAUAUCGCUGAGCAACGGCGAGGGGUAUGAGACACUGGAGCAAUAAUGACCAACAUGGACAUGAAAAAUAGAUUUCAUAUGAAGCACAAUUUCAAACAUUAUUUAUUUACUCAUUUAUUCCCCAUUUUAUUUAUAGCUUGUUAUUGCGAGUUGACUGCCACAGCUGUACUGGGAUUCAUCAGCAAACAAGCAAUAAAGAAGUGUUGCCCCUGCUCUGUCCAUCCACUGCUAGUCAACUCAAUGGCAAUGCAGACACAGAUAGCUACUAUAGAUUUUAGAUGUGAAUGGUACUAAUCUAGCUAGCCAGCUAGUUAAACAUACAAAAAAACAAUCUAAAACGGAAAAAUAAAUGUAAAUGGCUAUAGCUAGCUAACAAUCUGUGGUUGGCUAGCUAGCUAAUUUAGCCAGUUUGUCGCCCUGACUUAGCAUAAGUCGCUUAGCCUGCGCCCUACCAUGGAUAUUUUCGUCAGUUAAACAUGACAAACUUAAAAGCAGCUCAUGCUAGAAAAUGGGGGAAAAGUAUAUCUCAUGCUGCUAUAGGUGAAUAUCCAAAUAAUGGGAAUGUGUGGAGGUGGAGAACCCAGCUGGGGAAUAUCAUUCAUACAUACAUACAUGCCUACAUACCCAGCGUAUUUGUGUCGUGAGCAAUGGCUUUAUGGGUUCUUUGCCUAAGGGGUCGUUUUCUUGUCAUGACACUGGCUUUUUGUCCUGGGGUGUAUUCACUAGGAACCAAGCGGACGCAAACAUGCCUAAACUGGGAGGGACCUACAUGUAUGUGUCCAAUUAACUCAUUUUGCUACGGUGUGCUGUAAUGAAUACCCCCUCUCGUAACGCUGUUACCAUUUCUUAGCUAGCGCCGUCUGCGCAUUCAUUUGGUUGUUCCUUUUUUUAGAGCGGAGAGUAUAGUCCGCGAGCUGGAGCUCCUGGGCCGAGUCACGUCUCUUGACCUGAACCACGACCGCACCGAGCUGCUCACCUGCUCCCGGGACGACCUGGUUAAGAUCAUCGACCUGCGCAGCAACGCGGUCCGCCAGACCUUCAGGUAUGGGGACAUGUCACUGCUCUAGGACUGUCGGUUUCUUUAUAGUAUAUUUGUAGUUAUGGAGUGCCUCACCCAUAGUGUCAAUUAAGAUAAUCUGAGGCGAUUUGCAUUGGUGGUCAGAGAUUCUCUGUAUUCUUAUUGGUGAAUAGAUGCUGUAUGUAGGCAAUGGAAUAGUCCUAAUAGUGCAAACCCUGCAUGUCUGGCACUCCAGGCGCAAUCGUUUCCUUUGAAUCCUAUUGCAAAGGAAACCAAAUACUAUUUGAACCCAGGUCUGAUGUGGAUUAGUGGUGUUGGAGGUUUAUGUCAACAGUGUUUUCUCAUCUCUCCUCCCAGUGCUCAGGGCUUCAAGUGUGGCGCUGACUGGACCCGAGUCACCUUCAGGUGAGUGGACACCUUUUAUGCCAGGGCUGUGUCCUAUAUGGCACCCUAUUCCCUACAUAGUGCACUACUUUUGACCAGAGCCCAUUGGGCCUGGUCAAAAGUAGUUCACUAUAUAGGGAAUAGGGUGCCAUUUGGGACACAUCCCAAUCAUUGGUUUAUAGUUUUACUAACAUCGGUCGUGGUCAAAUUCCCUACCAUUCUCCAUGUAAGUGUGCACAUGCUCACCUCUCCAACCACAGUCCCACGACUCUCCACUUGAACCCCUUGUUUUGAACCUCCCAUUCCCUUGUGUACUCCUCAGUCCCGAUGGCAGUUAUGUGGCGGGGGGCUCUGCAGACGGAGCUCUGUAUGUGUGGAACGUCUUGACGGGCAAGUUGGAGCGCACCCUGGACAAGAACCACUGGUCAGUUUGAACUUCCGGAGUAGGAUCAAGACUCCCUUCGACACUGCUUUCUAGUCAGUUUUGCACUUUUGUUUGAAAAACUGUUUCAGGUUCAGGAUUUGAGAGGGUAAGCCAUAGACUUGGAUAGACAGCUCUAGUACCACAAAGGCUGUUUUAACUUGGGCAGCGCCAUUGAGGACUUAUACCAUUUUGACGUAGUGAACUGGGUGGGACUUCCUAUGCAGUGUUUCCCCUAGAAUUCUAUCAUCAAUGGCAAGGGUCGGGUAAGGAUUCGUGGAGGAGGAUCCCAGGGGCAUGCCCCACAUGGAUAACGUUUUUUGUAUAAGGACUGUGAGAAAGUCAGGUCUGGUGAGUUUUUAAUAGGACAUUCCACUCCAAAAUGAAUGAAAAUAAAAUUAUGCCGACACCAUCGUAAAUGUAAUGAAAUAGGCUGAAACAUGGGGUUACCCAUAUGCAUACCCCAUUGGGCUAAUCAUUAGCUAGAUCCCAAACUCUAAACACGAUCAAUGCAUUUAAUGUCCCCACAAAAAAACAUAACAUUAACACAGUGAAUAAUAUGGUCUCACCUAUGCACACAGUGAAUUGCAGAGGCUAAAUGCACCAAAACCGGGCUGCGUCUCAACCGGCCGUGAUCGGGAGUCCAAUAGGGCGGCGCACAAUUGGCCCAGCGUCGUCCGGGUUAAGGGAGGCCGGGGUAGGCCGUCAUUGUAAAUAAGAAUUUGUUCUUAUCUGACUUGCGUUGUUUAAUAAAGGUUAAAUAUAUAUAUAUAUAUAAACACACACACACAGUUGAAGUCGGAGGUUUUACAUACACCUUAGCCAAAUACAUUUAAACUCAGUUUCACAAUUCCUGACAUUUAAUCCUAGUAAAUAUUCCCUGUCUUAGGUCAGUUAGGAUCACCACUUUAUUUUAAGAAUGUCAAAUGUCCGAAUAAUAGUAGAGAAUUAUUUCUUUCAGCUUUUAUUUCUUUCAUCACAUUAACAGUGGGUCAGAAGUUUACAUACACUCAAUUAGUGUUUGGUAGCAUUGCCUUUAAAUUGUUUAACUUGGGUCAAACGUUUCGGGUAGCCUUCCAAAAGCUUACCACAAUAAAUUGGGUGAAUUUUGGCCCAUUCCUCCUGACAGAGCUGGUGUAACUGAGUCAGGUUUGUAGGCCUCCUUGCUCGCACACGCUUUUUCAGUUCUGCCCACAAAUGUUCUAUAGGAUUGAGGUCAGGGCUUUGUGAUGGCCACUCCAAUACCUUGACUUUGUUGUCCUUAAGCCAUUUUGCCACAACUUUGUAAGUAUGCUUGGGGUCAUUGUCCAUUUGGAAGACCCAUUUGCGACCAAGCUUUAACUUCCUGACUGAUGUCUUGAGAUGUUGCUUCAAUAUAUCCACAUAAUUUUCCUUCCUCAUGAUGCCAUCUAUUUUGUGAAGUGCACCAGUCCCUCCUGCAGCAAAGCACCCCCACAGCAUGAUGCUGCCACCCCCAUGCUUCACGGUUGGGUUGGUGUUCUUCAGCUUGCAGGCCUUCCCCUUUUUCCUCCAAACAUAACGAUGGUCAUUAUGGCCAAACAGUUCCUAUUUUUGUUUCAUCAGACCAGAGGACAUUUCUCCAAAAAGUAAGAUCUUUGUCCCCAUGUGCAGUUGCAAACCGUAGUCUGGCUUUUUUAUGGCGGUUUUGGAGCAGUGGCUUCUUCCUUGCUGAGCGGCCUUUCAGGUUAUGUUGAUAUAGGACUCGUUUUACGGUGGGUAUAGAUACUUUUUUACCUGUUUCCUCCAGCAUCUUCACAAGGUCCUUUGCUGUUGUUCUGGGAUUGAUUUGCACUUUUCGCACCAAAGUACGUUAAUCUCUAGGAGACAGAAUGUGUCUCCUUCCUGAGCGGUAUGACGGCUGUGUGGUCCCAUGGUGUUUAUACUUGCGUACUAUUGUUUGUACAGAUGAACGUGGUACCUUCAGGCGUUUGGAAAUUGCUCCCAAUGAUCAUCCAGACUUGUGGAGGUCUACAAUUUUUUUUCUGAGGUCUUGGCUGAUUUUCUUUUUGAUUUUCCCAUGAUGUCAGGCAAAGAGGCACUGAGUUUGAAGGUAGGUCUUGAAAUACAUCAACAGGUACACCUCCAAUUGACUAAAAUGAUGUCAAUUAGCCUAUCAGAAGCUUCUAAAGCCAUGACAUCAUUUUCUGGAAUUUUCCAAGCGGUUUAAAGGCCCAGUCAACUAAGUGUAUGUAAACGUCUGACCCACUGGAAUUGUGAUACAGUGAAUUAUAAGUGAAAUAAUCUGUCUGUAAACAAUUGUUGGAAAAAUUACUUGUCAUGCACAAAGUAGAUAUCUUAACUGACUUGCCAAAACUAUAGUUUGUUAACAAGAAAUUUGUGGAGUGGUUGAAAAACGAGUUUUAAUGGCUCCAACCUAAGUGUAUGUAAACUUACGACUUCAACUGUAUACAGUGCAGAUCGCUCAUUAUUAGGAGUUGAGAAAUACAAGUAGUAGCCAUGGAAAGCUGCUUUCAAAAGUUUUUCCUGCAAUUGCAUUAAGAAAUGUGCAUUGACUGCUUGUGCAUCAGAAUGCAUGUUUCUCUCCUUGUGUCACUCGCAACUUGAAUGCACCUCGAGAGGAAUAUUUAUUUAUCGCAUAGAACACACACAACGACAAGCUGACAAGGUAAAUAGCUAGGUAAACUAUUCUACUAUGGGGUUGUCUGUUGCUGUUCAUUACUCCUCUUGUUGGCAGAGGAAUAGUACAUGUUGACAGUUCUAGCAUCUUCAAAGUUUUCCUCUUUAAAAAUAUUAUUUAGUUGGUGUGUGCUAAAUGAAAACAGGGCGAACACUGCUAUGGGUUAAGGAAAGAUCACAGAAUUCCAUCCAGGUCAGCAGGAGGUAUCAGCCAUUAUAAACUUGGUGGGUCGAGCCCUGAAUGCUGAUUGGCUGAAAGCCGCGGUAUAUCAGACUGUAUACCACGAGUGUGACAAAACAUGUAUUAUUACUGCUUUAAUUACGUUGGUAACCAGUUUAUAAUAGCAAUAAGUCACCUCAGGGGUUUGUGAUAUAUGGCUAAUAUACCACGGCUAAGGUCUGUAUCCAGGCACUCCACGUUGCGUCGUGCUUAAGAACAGCCCUUAGCCGUGGUAUAUUGGCCAUAUACCACACACCCUCGGGCCUUAUUGCAAAUCUAUAAAAAAUAUACAAAUGACAUUUACAUAAGUAUUUAGACCCUUUACUCAGUACUUUGUUGAAGCACCUUUGGUAGUGAGACCUUGUAGCGUCAUACCUCAAGUCUUCUUGGGUAUGACGCUACAAGCUUGGCACACAUGUAUUUGGGGAGUUUCUCCCAUUCUUUUCUGCAGAUCCUCUCAAGCUCUGUCAGGUUAAAUGGGGGAGCGUCGCUGCACAACUAUUUUCAGGUCUCUCCAGAGAUGUUAGAUCGGGUUCAAGUCCGGGCUCUGGCUGGGCCACUCAAGGACAUUCAGAGACUUGUCCCGAAGCCACUCCUGCGUUGUCUUGGCUGUAUGCUUAGGUUAGUUGUCCUGUUGGAAGGUGAACCUUCGCCCCAGUCUGAGGUCCUUAGCGCUCUGGAGCAGGUUUUCAUCAAGGAUCUCUCUGUACUUUGCUCCGUUCAGCUUUCCCUCGAUCCUGACUAGUCUCCCAGUCCCUGCUGCUGAAAAUCAUCUCCACAGCAUGAUGCUGUCACCACCAUGCUUCACCGUAGGGAUGGUGCCAGGUUUUCUCCAGAUGUGACGCUUGGCAUUCAGGCCAAAGUGUUCAAUCUUGUUUCUCAUGGUCUGAGAGUGCUUUAGGUGCCUUUUGGCAAACUCCAAGCGGGCUGUCGUGCCUUUUUACUGAGGAGUGGCUUCCAUCUGGCCACUCUACCAUAAAGGCCUGAUUGGUGGGGUGCUGCAGAGAUGGUUGUCCUUCUGGAAGGUUCUCCCAUCUCCACAGAGGCACUCUGGAGCUCUGUCAGUGACCAUCGGGUUCUGGGUCACCUCCCUGACCAAGGCCGUUCUCCCCCGAUUGCUGUUUGGCCGGGCGGCCAGCUCUAGGAAGAGUCUUGGUGUUUCCAAACUUCUUCCAUUUAAGAAUGAUGGAGGCCAUUGUGUUCUUGGACUUUCAAUGCUGCAGAAAUGUUUUGGUACCCUUCCCCAGAUAUGUGCCUCGACACAAUCCUUUGUCGGAGCUCUACGGACAAUUCCUACGACCUCAUGGCUUGGUUUUUGCUCUGACAUGCACUGUCAACUGUGGGACCUUUAUAUAGGCAGGUGUGUGCCUUUCCAAAUCAUGUCCAAUCAAUUGAAUUUACCACAGGUGGACUCCAAUGAAGUUGUAGAAACAUCUCAAGGAUGAUCAAUGGAAACAGGAUGCACCUGAGCUCAAUUUAGAUUAUCAUAGCAAAGGGUCUGAAUACUUAUGUAAAUAAGAUAUUUCCGGGUUGUUUUUUACAUUUGCAAAAAUGUUUAAAAACCUGUUUUCACUUUGUCAUUAUGGGGUAUUGUGUGUAGAUUGAUGAGGAAAUUUGUAUUUAAUCAAUUUUAGAAUAAGUCUGUAACGUAACAAAAUGUGGAAAAUGUCAAGGGGUCUGAGUACUUUCCGAAUGCACUGUACUCGUGAGCAAACAAUCUAUAACUGCAGAUGGCAUUUAAAUAACCAACCUUGUGUUUUGCCUGUUCAGACAACACGCUCCAGGUGGCAGUGUGCACCCUUUGUUUGUUGUCCGACUCAUAGUAGAAGACUAAAUGUACUUUAAAAUGAAGAAAGCCCUCAAUGGCGCUGCCCAUGCUGUCACAGAAGCCAUUAUGGCGCAGAUGCAAGUAAAGGCAGUUUUUCCAUAUCUUUGGGGUAAGGGGUAACAUUUACAUUUACAUUUACAUUUUAGUCAUUUAGCAGACGCUCUUAUCCAGAGCGACUUACAGGAGCAAUUAGGGUUAAGUGCCUUGCUCAAGGGCACAUUAACGUCAUUUAGCAGACGCUCUUAGCCAGAGCGACUCGCAAAUUGGUGCGUUCACCCUAUAGCCAGUAGGAUAACCACUUUACAAUUUGGGGGGGGGGGUUAGAAGGAACACUUUAUCCUAUCCCAGGUAUUCCUUAAAGAGGUAACCUUAACUUCUACCUGAAACUCCUGUUCUGCCAUCCUGCUCAGUUCUGACGUUCUGUUUUCUCUUCUCUUAGCUCGCCCAUCAACUCGGUGUCCUGGUCGCCAUCGGGAGCCUACGUGGUCAGUGUGGGGAAGGGCAGCAAGGCCGUGCUCUGGUCUGAUAUGUGAUUGGCCAUGCUCUGCUCUGACCCUCUGCCAUUGGGUGACUGGCUGUCUGUCUGGACUGUUCAAUUGAGGCACAGACUGGACAGGGGGUUCCCUAGCCCCACCCUCUAAUGUCCAACCCCCCCAUCACUUUGCCUGACUGGCAUUGGACCAUUCUGUGCUCCGACGCGUUGGGGGGGGGGGGGGUUUCUUGCCUAUAGGAAGGAGGUCAUCCGGUGUCAGCAGAGCGUUAGUUGGUGUCCAGUUGAAAGUGU